AGCGAUGUGUCCUGUCGUCCGCCGUCUCUCUAACGUACAGACGCACUAGAAACUUCAACCGCAACAAGGUUUUGUCUUAAGUUACGGAUGCUGAACUUGUCUGUCGAGUUUUUUUCAAAUAGAAAUUGUUUUAGUUAUCAAAAAGGACCUAAAGACCCGUGUUUCCUCGAGCCUAUCAUGCUGAACACAGAGGAAAGUUCAUGGUUAGCUGGGUCUCGGCUGCCCAGCUCUAUCCCUCAGUCUCCAGGGCCUCUGUGGUGCUCCGAUGCCCCUCACCCACAACUGAAGAUCCCGGGUGGGCGAGGGACUGUCAGGGAUCACUCUCUCGGCGUGCUACUACACAAGGAUGAGAAGUUAACGGUGACGCAGGCUGCUCCAGCAGGUGGGGACCCCACUUUUCUCCGCUUCCACUACCAGCUGAAUGAGCGUCGCUCUGCCUUCUGGGAUACAGCUCUAUCAGGAGACAGCCUUUUCUUGGAGAUCCCUGCGGGGCAGCUGGUGGAGGGAAGCAAAGAGGGGCUAACUGCUCUGCUCGAGUUUGCGGAAGAGAAGCUCAAAGUUAACUACGUGUUCCUGUGGUUCCAUAAAAACAGAGAGGAUCGAUCAUCCAUCAUCAAGACGUUCCACUACAUGGGCUUUGAGAUGGUGAAGCCGGGCCACCCCAUGGUACCAGCCCGGCCCGAUCUGGCCUUCAUGGUUUACUCUCUGGACAACAGCAGCUCAGACGAGGAGUGACUGCUACACAGUCUCCUUACACCUCCCUCUCCCACCCUUACCCCCUCCCUUCCCUCCUUCCCCUCCCUUCUGUCAGUUUUCUCCCUGAAGCAUCGCAUCCACCUCGGCUCUCACUCUGACAAACCUCCCAGAAAAUCAUUCAUCGCUGACUGGGAGGUGUCACCUUUUUUAAUAGACUCGUGAUUUACGGAGGUGUUUAGGAGUGGUAGGAUUUCCAUGCGACGCCCCCCCAACCUCCUCCCCUUUCCCUCCUUACCCGAGGAUAUCUGCAGAUUGGAUAAACAGGGAGUGGCAUAGCUUGAACUAAGCCAUCACUUGCAUUUUGGGAUUUUGGCUUUUCUUUUUUUUUUCUUGAUUAUUAUUUUUCCUGUAUAGUGGUUUCUCUCUUGGCCACAUUGUUUGUUUGUGCUGCCAUCAACAAGACAAACAACCGUUUGACAUUCAGGAGAAGGUUUGGUUUUACAUUAAAAUUCAGCAUAUCUCUCCUCUGACAGCUUCGACCUUUCAUAAGAAAAGUGACUUUGGGUUGUCGUCGUGUGCUCUUUAUCAUGCAAGCUGGUUUGAUAGGGGUAAAAAGAGGAAAGUAUGGGUUUGGUAUGGUUGAUAAAAUGUUUUGCUUUAUAUUAUAAAUGGGGAAAAGCCUGAUUUGUUGCAUUUAACAUUAACCCACAUGUCUUUUCACUUCUUCCUGGUAUAUGUUAAGGCAUCAUUCCAGCACGUGUCACUCUCUCUGGGAUUUGUUUUAAGCUCUUAACACUUCAGCCACAAAUGUGGAAAUACCCUGUUGGUCUCUCUGGAUGCGUCAAAGCUACGAAGCAGUCUCUAUGUUGAAUGUCGCAACAGGGUAGCUGCCAGCCCGCUGAGGUUAACCCCUCUCUCUUCCUCCUCCCUCUCUGCUAUAAUCAAGCUGUCAAGCUGAUGGUGUGAGUUAUUGAUGAGCCUGGGAGGAGGGCAGCCUGGUUGUUGUUUCACUUUGCGUUUUACACACACACACACACACACACACACACACACACACACACACACACACUUAGGGUUUAUUUUUUUCCAAAUCAUAAGCUGAAUAAUUAUCAAGAGCUUCCACUUACUAUUACUUUUUAUUAAAAUGUAGACAUAAUGUGUGAAUAUCAUGAAGCUUCAGUUUGUGCCUCUGAUGUAUUGUCAUUACACUCAAGUUACAGAGUUAAUCAUCAAGUCUUUAUAUUUAUUGAUAAAUAAAUCAUUGAAAGCCCCAGAAGGUUGUUUAACAGCACUUAUCGUUAUGAAGGUGUUUCCAGGAUUCUCAAAAACAUUUUAAUCCAUUGGCAAAGACAUGCCAUUGCUUGCUCUGUACAACAUAAAAAGACAUUAUUUUGUAUGAAAAUAUUGAAUAAUACAAUUUAAUAUCCAUGUAGGCACAAACUGAAGCUUUUGAAGCUUCAUUCAACCCAGUAGAGUCACCAGUAGUCAUACUAUCACCAGUUUAAAGCUCGAUUUGAAACAAGGCUUUUUGUGCCUAAAGAGGAGUGUGCAAUGUUAAUAAUUUUUACUCUUGAGUCUUACUGAGGAAUGUGUUUCAUAAUUCAUCCUGUGCAGAUUCAAACUCGUGCUAUGAGGGGAAAAGAGCUCAUUGUAGCGGUACAACAGAAGCACAGGUGAUUAACAAAUAUGCAAUUAGAGUAAAAAACACAGUUUUUAGUUGUGGUUUUUAGUACUCUUAACGAAACGCCAAAGAAUCCAUUCUGUCUGUCACAUGCUGUUGAGUCAAAUCAUCUUGCUUUUAAAAUAUUCAGCUAAUUUAAACCUAGUAUGGUAUGUAAAAGCAAUAUUAAUCUACAUUCCUCAUGCCAGCCAUACUACCUGUAACACCUCAGAGAAACAUGAUCGUAGUCUGUUCCAUUUUGGUGUUGGGAUGGGGUGGGGGCCUUUCUUUUUCUUCUGCAUGUGUUCGGAUCAUAUGAGUCUUUAUUGCUACUGAUUGAGCCCUGACUAUGAGCUGUUAGGAAAUGUCAAUAUAUGAAUUUUCUCAGAGGUAUAUUUUUAUGUAUGUAUAUUUCUCAAACGUUUACUGUGAUAGUUUAGGGAUUUUUUGUUCUCAGUGAUAGAGUUAGCAAACAUUCAAUGACAAUCCACUCUUGUAUACUCUGGAACAUUUUGUCUUUGGGGGAAGUAAAUAAAACUAGUUAACUAAA